AAAGCUGAUGCUGAACUGAUCCACUGGGAUGCCAGCAGAAAAACAAAAAGCAGGACAACUUCUAUAACUGAAUCCCUGCACCCGUCAGACACAAUCCUGCAGUUUACCCAUGAAAUUCUUCAGAACACAUCACUUAACCCAGCUCACAACCCACACGCUUUAUCACAGUUUCCUUUUUGUCCCUCAUCCUGUCAGUUCUGCUCUGAUCUCACACACACUUUAGGUCUUCGUAAAAGUUCAGCCACAGCCCCAGGGCUCUGGUCCUAUUGAACCCCCCUAACCCCCAUCUUCCAUUUCCCUCACCUUCCUCCCACCCCUCCCUGCUAUGUCCAACGACAGCACCAUCCACAGAGCCUGGGAGGGCUCUGACUGGUCAGAAACAUCUCAAUGCCCACAAUCAGUUGGUGGAGCAACUUUCCUGAUAGUGGCAUAUAGUGCUGUCAUAGCAAUUGGGUUGCUGGGCAAUGCAGGUCUUGUAUUCAUCAUCACCCGGCAGCAGGAGUUGCGCAAUGUCACCAACAUCCUUAUCGCCAACCUGUCAUGCUCUGAUAUCCUGAUGUGUGUGGUGUGUCUACCGGUUACUGUAAUCUAUACACUAAUGGACCGCUGGGUGCUGGGAGAGGCCCUGUGUAAGGUGACUCCGUUUGUUCAGUGCAUGUCUGUGACAGUGUCUAUCUUCUCCUUGGUGCUCAUUGCUCUGGAGCGUCACCAGCUGAUCCUACAUCCCACUGGUUGGUCCCCUGCUGCUGGCCACUCUUAUCUGGCUGUGGGGCUCACGUGGCUGGUUGCCUGCUUUAUCUCCCUGCCCUUCCUCUCCUUCAAUAUCCUCACCAAUGAUCCAUUCCAGAACGUCAGCCUGCCUGCCAACCCGUUCAGAGACCAUUUGAUCUGUAUGGAGCUGUGGCCGUCUGACAAACAUCGACUCGCCUACACAACUUCAUUGCUGAUCUUCCAGUACUGCCUGCCUCUCGUGCUGGUCCUUCUCUGUUACCUAAGAAUCUUCCUCCGCCUGAGACGACGCAGGGAUAUACUGGAGCGCAGCAGAAGGACCCGAGGAGCCCAGAGGAUUAACAUCAUGUUGUUAGCCAUUGUUGUGGCCUUUGCGCUGUGCUGGCUCCCGUUGAAUGUCUUCAACACUUUGUUUGACUGGCACCACCAGGCCCUACCUGAUUGUCAACACGAUGCUGUCUUCUCUGCCUGUCACCUUACAGCAAUGGCUUCUACCUGCAUCAACCCUGUUGUAUACGGCUUUCUCAACAGCAACUUCCAGCGGGAAUUGAGGACAACAUUGCAGCGCUGCCAGUGUGGCAACAGGGCAGGGGAGAGCUAUGAAAGCUUCCCCCUGUCUACAGUGGGCAGUGAGGGUGUGACGAAAGCUACAUCGCUCAACAGGAUGGGAUCAGUGUGCAUUCCCUCACCCAGACUUGAGAUUAGCUCAGCAACACUAGCUAAAACGUUACCAGCAAAUACGUAAUCUUG